GAAGGUCACGGAGCCACCGAGACGAGACGCGCUCCCUCCGUCCACAGCCGCAUUUUCACGUCCACGCGCUCAUUCCUCACAGGCCGGCGAGGCUGCAGCGCGUAGUGGAACCUCCGGGAGCUCCAUCCUCACCUCUCCGUCCCCGGGACGCCGUGCGUGACACCGUGCGUGACACCGUGUGUGUGUGUUUGGGACCUUUCCUCCCGGAGCUCCAGCCUACCUGUCCCAGCCGCCGCUCCUCGGCGCGUCGUGUCCGGACAGCAGCGCGCCCAGUUCGCUCCUCCGCAGCGCCAAACGCCUUCGCAGAUCCGUAUCAUCGGGACGAGGAUGGGAAAGUUCAGAGCGCCGUGUCUCUUCGUCCUGCUCAGCCUGGCUGUUCUCGUCACCGCCCGGCCCAAAGCAGGUCCUGAGCAGAAGUGUAAAUCUGGUCCGGUGGACCUGGUCUUCCUCAUCGACAGUUCUCGCAGCGUUCGGCCACACGAGUUCGAGACCAUGAGGAAGUUCAUGAUUGACAUCUUGGACACGCUGGACAUCGGACUGAAUGCCACCCGGGUGGGAGUGGUUCAGUACUCCAGCCAGGUCCGUAGUGAAUUCUCCCUGAAGACCCACGCCAAGCUGGACAGCAUGGUGAAAGGCAUCAAUCAGAUCAUCCCGCUGGCUCAGGGCACCAUGACCGGGCUCGCCAUCAGAUACGUGAUGAACGAAGCCUUCACGGCGGCGGCGGGCGACCGGCCAAAGGUCCCCAACGUGGCCGUGAUCGUGACAGACGGGCGUCCUCAGGACCGCGUGGCGGAGGUGGCCGCCGAGGCCCGAGAGAAAGGCAUCGAGAUCUACGCCGUGGGCGUGGCCAGAGCCGACAUGACGUCCCUGAGGGCCAUGGCCUCGCCGCCGUUCGAGGACCACGUCUUCCUGGUCGAGUCCUUCGAUCUCAUUCACCAGUUUGGGCUCCAGUUCCAGGACAAACUCUGCGGGAUGGAUCUGUGUCUGGAGUCGGACCACGGCUGUGAGCACAUCUGUGAGAGCUCCCCGGGCUCGUACCAGUGCCUGUGCCUGCCCGGAUACACCCUGAACGAGGACGGGAAAACAUGCACAGCCAUCGACCUGUGUGCUGAAGGGAAACACAACUGUGAGCAGAUCUGCGUCAGCUCUCCGGGCUCCUUCACCUGCGACUGCAACAAGGGCUACAAGCUCAACGACGACAAGAGGAGCUGCUCAAUGAUCGACUUCUGUUCGUUUGGGAACCACAGUUGUGAUCAUGAGUGUGUGAGUGUGCUGAAUGGCUAUCACUGCCGCUGUAACCAGGGAUUCAGGCUGCUGGAUGACGGCAAGACCUGCCAGGCCAUUGACCUGUGUGCGGAGGGAAAGCAUGACUGUGAUCAGAUCUGUGUCAGUGCGCCGGGCGUGUUCAGCUGCGACUGCAACGAAGGAUACACACUCAGUGAAGACAAGAAGACCUGCACACCCAUUGACCUGUGUGCGGAGGGAAAGCAUGACUGUGAUCAGAUCUGUAUCAGUGCGCCGGGCGUGUUCAGCUGCGACUGCAACGAAGGAUACACACUCAGUGAAGACAAGAAGACCUGCACACCCAUUGACCUGUGUGCGGAGGGAAAGCAUGACUGUGAUCAGAUCUGUAUCAGUGCGCCGGGCGUGUUCAGCUGCGACUGCAACGAAGGAUACACACUCAGUGAAGACAAGAAGACCUGCACACCCAUUGACCUGUGUGCGGAGGGAAAGCAUGACUGUGAUCAGAUCUGUAUCAGUGCGCCGGGCGUGUUCAGCUGCGACUGCAACGAAGGAUACACACUCAGUGAAGACAAGAAGACCUGCACACCCAUUGACCUGUGUGCGGAGGGAAAGCAUGACUGUGAUCAGAUCUGUAUCAGUGCGCCGGGCGUGUUCAGCUGCGACUGCAACGAAGGAUACACACUCAGUGAAGACAAGAAGACCUGCACACCCAUCGACCUGUGUGCAGAAGGAAAGCACGACUGUGAGCAGAUCUGCAUCAGCGCUCCGGGCGUGUUCAGCUGCGACUGCAACAAAGGAUUCAAACUCAACCAAGACAAGAAGACCUGCACAAACAUGGACAUGUGUAACACCGUGGAGCAUGGCUGUGAGCACCAGUGUGUGAACACCCCGGGAUCUUACUACUGUGUGUGUCCGGAGGGGCAGCUGCUGCAGGAGGACGGGAAGAGCUGCGGCACCUGUAAGUCGGCCAACAUCGACCUGGUGCUCCUGAUCGACGGCUCCAAGAGCGUCCGCCCGCAAAACUUCGAGCUGGUGAAGAAGUUUGUGAACCAGGUGGUGGACUCGCUGGAUGUGUCUGCUCACGGCACCAGAGUGGGCCUGGUCCAGUACUCCAGCCGGGUGAGGACCGAGUUCUCCCUCAACACGUUCCACACCGCCGAGGAGAUCAAAGCCGCAGUCAUGAAGGUGGACUACAUGGAGAAAGGUACGAUGACCGGUCUGGCCCUGAAGCACAUGCUGGAAAACAGCUUCUCGGAGGCUGAAGGCGCUCGUCCCGCCAGCCGGAACAUCCCCCGAGUGGGGCUGGUCUUCACGGACGGACGCUCGCAGGACGACAUCACUGAAUACGCCAAGAAGGCCAAAGAAGCCGGCAUCACCAUGUACGCCGUGGGCGUGGGCAAAGCCGUGGAAGACGAGCUGCGGGAGAUCGCCUCCGACCCCGUGGAGAAACAUUUCUACUACACCACCGACUUCAGCGCCAUCAGCACCAUCGCCGAGAACCUGAAGCUCAACGUCUGUCCAGAGGAGAGUCUGGGGGAGAUCGAGGUGAAGGACCCCUGCGCCUGUGAGAGUCUGGUGGAGUUCCAGCAGGCCACCAUGAGCAGCCUGGAGCAGAUCACACAGAAACUGGCCGGUAUGACGGUCCGUCUGGAGCAGCUGGAGAACCAGCUGCUGUCCAGGAAGUGAUGAGGUGAAGAGACCCGGACGAGGAAGAGGAGCAGAGCGAGGAAGAGGAGCAGGACGAGGAAGAGGAGGGCACAUCCAGGCAGAAAUCACCCCAAUCCAUGGAGGAAACCAAAGACGUUUCUCAGCUCCCCGACAGGAAUAAUCACAGACAGUUUCUCAACCUUUACGCUUUAAAGACAUGAAGACAGCUUCACUUCCAGUUUUCCAUCCAGAGCAGCUGUGAAGACUCCAGAAACAGCUUGGCUCACGCUGGACUCACACUGCUCCUCAACAGACAGGGAAAGUAACCAAACCGGAGAGUAUUUCACCUGGAAUCACAUCCAACUCACAGAAACUGAACCGAUCACGGUUCACUAUCUGUUUGAAGCCAGUUUAAGUUCAAUUUGUGGCGAGUUUAAGGCCAGAUCCAGUUUGAGACCAGCGGCGAACAUGAGAGGAUAUUUGAUUGAAUGAUUCUUCAAAACCACUGCAGACUUUCACAGUUAGUCAAGGCCCAGUGAAAUCAGAGCUGCAGACACACACACACACACACACACACACACACACACACACACACACACACACACACACACACACACACACACACACUUGCCUGUUUCUCUCCAUGCCCUAUUUAUACUUGAUCUGUUUUGUACGGUUUGUUAAAUAUGUUGUAUUUAUAGCAGAUUGUUUCUUUUUUACUGACACUAGAGGAACAUAUAAAGUUGUUUAUGCGACAGGAGUCAGAGUAAUGAAGUUUUUUUUUUUCUUUUUUUUAUCACCACUCCCUGUUUGGAAUCCUCUCUCGUUGGCGGUUUGAUGCUGGAGUUUAAUCUGAGGCCUGAAGAAACUGGGCUACGAUCCAAAUAAAGGGAAAUUUAAAAAGAGCUUAAAGCUUCAGUUUUCAGUCUGUGAUCAGAUUGUGACCUGUAGGGGGCAGAGUCUGCUCCCAUAGACAGAGGAAGAUCAUGAAACUGGAGCAUCUUCCCUCAUUAUUCAGCUUUCAGGAUUCAACUCCGAUCAGACUGGAGAAGUGUUACUGUGAGCAGCUGAGCCGGGACUGUGUGGGAAGAACAAUCCGGAAAGUUUAGGAAACACCGAGGAGAGCACAGCGCGGGUGAACUCCCUAUAUAACUGAACGCUGCGGUGUGUUUGUAUAUUUUAUAUAGCUUUACAUGAUCUUUUUGUAUUUUUCUAAUGAAUCUCUGUAUUACUGCACAGACGGCAAUAAAGAA